AAGCAGACCUCCAUCCCAUCGCAACUGUGUUCUGACCGUAUUUCACUGAGUUUCUUUCGUAAGCAUCAAAUCGCCUCUUUCAACGCUACAGGGAGGCCUCCUUCAGCUUGCUAUCCGUAAGGGGGACCCGCAACAACAGUCUCGAUCUCUCCGCGACGUAGCAUUGUUCCAUUAUGGCACGCACUCGGGCUCAGGGGAAGGUGGACGCUGGGAACAAGGCGAGUGGUCCACGGUCGCAGAAGCAGCUGCAACCAAGUAAGCAGAAGGUACCAAAGAAGCGAAAGGAGGAGCCAGAAUCAGAAGCUCAAGAGGAGCCUGCGGGAGGUGAGGCUGCCGAAGAGGGCGAAGGAGAUAUUACGGAGACUGUACAGCCCCGAGCGAAGAUGCCACGAGGCGAGAAGGAUAAAGAUGUUACAAAGGGGGGAAGUAAGGUCGACGACCACAAGAUAGAGAAGCUACUAAACGAGCAUGGUGAUCUUCCGUUGUCUCACACUGCGCUCAAGGAACCGUCAAAGCCUACAGCAGAGACAAUGCUCGCUCAUCUAUUCAAUGCACUACUAACAAGCACACGCAUCUCCCACAAGUUGGCGGAGAAGACAGUCAAUACAGUUCUCGAAGCAGGGUGGGCUGAUCUUGCAACCUUGGAGAAGACGACUUGGGAGGAGCGGACCAGGGUGCUUACUGAAGGCGGUUAUACACAUUACCGGGAGAAGACAGCAACACAGAUGGGUGACCUCGUGGAGUGGAUACGCACAACGUGGAAGGGCAACUUGAAUAAUCUCCUGGCCGCGGCCAAGGACACGGACUCAACCAAUGUUCGCGACGAGGUCCGCAAGCGGGUGCAGAAGAUCAAGGGUAUCGGUAAUGUGGCGCUUGAUAUCUUCUGCGACACUGCACAGGGAGUCUGGCCUGAGUUGGCUCCAUUCCUAGAUCCCCGCAGCAUUGGCGCGGCAGAGCAGAUGGGUCUGCCCGCCAGCGUCGACGAGCUUUACGCUAUGGUCGGAAAAGACCCGGUGAAGAUGUGCAAGCUAGCGACGGCAUUGACAGCUGUCCGACUCGAGGGUGCGGUAGACGAGGUGGCGAAGGCUUCUGGCGCGUGAGCUACGCUUUGUUUGCUUGUUCGUUGAGCACCCGCCACUGUCCCAACCAGUUUAGAGGCCCUAACUGUCAAGACUAUGACGGGAGUAUGCGCUCCAUUGACUGACAACAAGAUAUCCUUCGAUACUGCAGACGGGCGGUACGCCUGCACCGCAGACUUACAUAUCGGCUGCGUUUUCCCUUUGCGGCCCAGUGUCAGUGGUAAUACCUCCCUCGAGACAAACUCGUGUCACUCACGGCGCCGUGUAAGAUCAGAUGCCUG